UCCAUAAUGAGAUGUUACUUUUUUCUGCAUAUGUUUGUGGUUCUCUCUCUUUCUCAAUACGAAUGUGACUGUUCAGAAGUCACAGACACUCUUCAACGCGCUGCACUUACCUCUUUCUCUCUCUCUCUCUCUCUCUCUUCAUGCUUUCUCUGUUAUCAAUCAAUGAACUAAAUUAACAAAGACCAAAACUUUACCGAUACAAAUUCGUGGGCCAUUUUCUUUUCAGCCAAGAAGAACAGAUUGGUAUUGAUCUGUUACUUGUGUAGAGGACUAGAAAAAGGAUGCCAAACCAGCUAUGGUUUGCACUGCCAAUGAUUUACAAGGAUGGAAAGAUUUCCCAAAAGGACUUAGGGUUCUUCUCCUUGAAGGAGACAACAAUUCUGCUUCUGAAAUAAGAACAAAGCUUGAAUCUAUGGACUAUAAUGUUUCUACGUUCUACAAUGAAAAUGAAGCCUUGUCAGCAAUCUCAAGUAGUCCCAAAUGCUUCCAUGUUGCCAUAGUGGAGGUGAGUAUAAGCUGCCCUGAUGGAGGUUUCAAAUUUCUCGAGAAUGCAAAAGACUUGCCAACCAUUAUGACGUCGAAUAGUCAGUGCAUAAACACAAUGAUGAAGUGCAUCGCGCUUGGUGCAGUUGAGUUCCUCACUAAACCACUUUCUGAGGACAAGCUGAAAAAUAUUUGGCAGCAUGUGGUUCACAAGGCAUUCAAUGCCGAGGCAAGCGCUCUGUCUGAAUCACUUAAACCGGUCAAAGAAUCUGUAGAGUCCAUGUUGCAUCUCCAAACAGACAACACACUACAUGAAAGUACAAUAUCAAUAGAUUUAGAUAAGGUGUCCAAGUUUAGUGAUAAUGAACAUGAGCAUUCUGCGGCAAGCGAUAAAUAUCCGGCUCCUUCCACCCCGCAAUUAAAACAAGGGGCAAGGUUAGUGGAUGAUGGUGAUUGCCACGAGCAGACUAAUUGCUUAAUAGAAAAAGAAAGUGGGGAACAUGACAGUGGUGAAUGUAAAUUUGUCGACACUUCAUGUGAGAAUUUGAAUGCUGAAAGUUCUCCUCAACCUACAAAACAUCUGAUUAAGGAGGAAGAAGAUUUUGCCAAGGGUUCCAAGGGUGAGGGUGGUGCUUCAUUGAAUCCACUUAAUAAAAAUUUUCUCGGCGACGCUGGUGGCAAUACAUCUCUGAAUAAAACAAGGGUUUUUAACGAUCCGUGUGAGAAUAAAGCUAAUCGGAAGAAGAUGAAAGUAGACUGGACAGCUGAGCUGCACAAAAAAUUUGUGAAGGCAGUGGAACAACUAGGUAUUGAUCAAGCCAUUCCUUCUCGUAUAUUGGAGUUAAUGAAAGUCGACGGUUUGACAAGGCAUAAUGUGGCAAGCCAUCUUCAGAUUUUUGUUGAACAGAAAUAUAGAAUGCACAAGAGACAGAUCAUCCACACGGACGAAGAUCGAAAAUGGCCAAAUCGAAGAGAUCCUAUGCAAAGGAACUAUUGUAUGCAAAGACCGAUUAUGGCUUAUCCACCAUAUCAUUCUAAUCACACCUUUCCUCCAGCUCCUGCAUAUCCCAUGUGGGGCCAACAUGGAAGUCAAACAGCUGGUGUACCGAUUUGGAGUCCUCCGGGUUAUCCUCUAUGGCAGCCUACAGAAAGUUGGCAUUGGAAGCCAUAUCCGCCAGGGGUGCAUGUGGAUGCAUGGGGUAACCCAAUGUUGCGCCCACCUCAAACUCACUGUAUUCCAUACACUCAAAAUAUGGCUGGGAUGCACAAUGCUAAAGCAGUGGAUUAUAGUUAUCCGGCAGAGGAAGUGGUGGACAAGGCUGUGAAGGAGGCAAUAAACAAGCCAUGGCUACCUUUACCUAUAGGCCUCAAACCUCCUUCAAUGGAUAGUGUGUUGGAUGAACUUUCCAAACAAGGCAUUCCUUUUAGCAAGAAGAGCAAGGGCUCUAGACCAUGCUGACUUGUCCAUGACUCAAAUGGGUCCCACCAAACAGUGCUAGUUACUGUUGAUGGUGGUGGACAGACAAACUUGCUGGCAGACAUGCAUGGGCCAAUGCCAUAUGGACUGUUGUAAUAAUCUUGUAUCUCUCAAUUUUACCCUCUUAGGCUCCAACCAACCAGAAUGGUAGAUUAGAUUAAGUUGGGACCAGUUAUUUUUCCCCUGUGGUCCCUACCAUAACACAGACACCUUAUGUAGCUUCUGGGAAAUGACAUACAAUGAUGCAUGCAACAAAUGGACAUGACAUACAUGGAUGAUGAUGGAUGAUAUCUAUUGCAACUUGCUAAAACCAAAAAAAUAAAUAAAUAAUUGGUAGCUGAAAAAUGGCCACACAUUUGUUGAAUUGAAUGAAGCUAUUGUGCAAAAAUGUUGCAUGUGGUUGAAAAUAAGUUCAGAUACAAAAUAUUGAUGGAGAUUGUGACCAUCAAUUGAAGUUUGUACCUAUCUUUUUUGUGUUAGUGUUGUUGGAUCCGGGCCUAGUAGAGUUAUCUAAUAAUGGAAAGGUUAGGUAGGAAGUAGGAUAAUGUUUUGAUUGUGAAUAAAUUAAUGAUGACUGAUUGAUGAGUCCUCCAGCCUUUGGCGGAUACUAACUUGUCCCUCAUUACCAAUUUCAUUAUUUUAGCUCUUAGCUAAAAUCAGAAUUGAAGAUAGCAUGUAGCAAUUAUUA